AUUAUAAUUUAUCAUUAUCAUCAGCGCUAAAACUCAGAGGCGGUGAAACCAAUCAAACAAGUUGCAACGUGUGGGAUGCAAGGCCCAAGCUUAUUGAUGUUUCGCCCAAUCCCUCUCCACUUGACACCUACACCCACGUCGACAACUGACUUUCUCCUUUUCUUGAAACGUGUCUGCAUACUGCAACGUGGCACCGCCUUACUUACCCUGCCCGCUCUUUUAUAGCCUCUCUCCAUACAUCCAAUUCCCCAAACUCAAACCGAACAUUCUUAGCGUAAGAAGAAGAUGAGUCAGGAACAGCCACGACGACCUCAGUCCGACCAAGAGCCAAUAAAGUACGGGGACGUUUUUCCAGUGGCGGGAAGCCUAGCAGAUAAACCAGUUGCACCUCAAGAUGCUGCUCUGAUGCAGUCCGCUGAGACUGCGGUGCUUGGACAGACCCAGAAGGGUGGCCCAGCCGCCACCAUGCAAUCUGCCGCCACCCGCAACGAGAGAGCUGGUCUUGUCGGUCAUACCGAUAUCACUAAUGCAGCCGGAGAUGAAGGGGUCACCGUUACUGAGACUGAUGUCCCCGGUCGACGUAUCAUCACCGAAUCGGUUGCAGGACAGGUUCUUGGACAGUAUGUUGAACCGACGCCUGUGUCGCAGAUGAACCCGACGGUAACGGCGAGACAGGCUGCGAUAACUAUAGGUGAAGCACUGGAAGCAACUGCACAAACUGCCGGUAAUAAGCCAGUGGACCAAAGUGAUUCGGCGGCAAUCCAAGCAGCAGAGGUGAGAGCAACCGGCAGUACUAUCAUAAGCCCAACUGGGGUUGCCGCUGCAGCUCAGUCCGCAGCAUCUAUGAACACCGGCCUGACUCGAGACGAGGACAAGAUUAAGCUUACUGAUGUUUUAUCGAAUGCGACGGCGAGACUGCCGGCGGAUAAAGCUGUAACGCGCCAGGAUGCCGAAGGAGUGAUGAGUGCGGAGAUGCGGAACAACCCGAAUUUGGCCACGCAUCCAGGUGGAGUGGCAUCAUCUGUAGCUGCAGCUGCACGCCUGAAUGAAAGUGUGGUGUAAUAAACCCAAUCAAGCAGAGACAUGAGGUGAAGAGGCAGCCAAGCUUUUGCGUGGAAUAUGGUUAUGUUUAUUAACUCUGUUGUUAGUGUUCUGAGUGUUUCAGUGUGUGAGCAUCAGAAUGAGAGCGAAAUUUUACCUGUGUUUUCAUAGUGUCUGUCCACUGUCAUUUGACAUAUUUUGGCUGCAUUGCAGCAUGUGGUCUGUUCAACUAUGAGUUAUCAAUUUGAGAGUCCCCUACUCUUUUCCCCCUUUUCUUACAGAA